UGGAAGGAGUGCAGCGCGCGGCUGGUGCUGCUCUCAGGCUCACCUGCGCCUGCACCUGUAUCUGCACCUGUACCUUUCUUUCAGGAGGGCGGACGCUGGCUGGAGGGCUGAAGGUUGCUCGGCUCGUCAUGGCCUACCCAGGAUACGGAGGAGGGUUUGGAAAUUUUAGUGGUCAGAUGCCAGGGAUGCAGCCAAUGCCAGGGGCAGUUCCAAACGUGUUCCUUGGUGGGUACCCCGGACCUCUGCCUUAUUCAGACAGUUACUCUUCAGCUGGGGACCCCAUGUGGAGUUACUUCACAGCUGUUGCUGGACAGGAUGGUGAAGUGGAUGCUGAAGAACUUCAGAGAUGUUUGACAGAGUCUGGAAUUAGUGGAAGUUAUUCUCCCUUCAGUUUGGAAACAUGCAGAAUUAUGAUUGCCAUGUUGGAUAGAGAUUAUACAGGAAAAAUGGGAUUUAAUGAAUUCAAGGAGCUUUGGGCAGCUCUUACUGCGUGGAAGGAAAACUUCAUGACUAUUGAUCGAGACCGAAGUGGCACAGUAGAGCAUCACGAGUUGAGUCAAUCCAUUGCUAUUAUGGGUUAUAGGUUGAGUCCUCAGACAUUAAAUACUAUAGUUAGACGCUACAGCAAGAAUGGCAGAAUUUUCUUUGAUGAUUAUGUUGCUUGUUGUGUGAAGCUUCGUGCCUUGACAGAUUUCUUUAGGAGAAGAGACCACUUGCAACAAGGGUUUGUGAAUUUCGUGUAUGAUGAUUUUUUGCAGGGCACUAUGGCAAUCUGAAUAUCUAAAAUUUGAAAGUCAAAGAAAUGCUGUGACUUCUUUUGCUUUGAAGAAAUGAACUGGACUACUUUAAAUGAAACUUUUGGGGCUUUUGGGGUUCCUAUUGUUAAAUGUCUUUCUUUACUAUGUAUUUUUACUUUAGCAUAUGGUUCAAAGUAAUAAAGAAUUUGGGGGGGGGCAGUGCCUUGGCUCACUUGGUUAAUCCUCCUCCUGCGGUGCUGGCAUCCCUUAUGGGCACUGGUUCUAGUCCCAGCUGCUCCUCUUCCAGUCCAGCUCUCUGCAGUGGUCCUGGAAGGCAGUGGAGGAUGGCCCAAGUGCUUGGGCCCUGCCCCUGCAUGGGAGACCAGGAGGAAGCACCUGGCUCCUGGCUUCGGAUCCGUGCAGUGCUGGCCAUAGCGGCCAUUUGGGGGAUGAACCAAUGGAAGAAAGACCUUUCUCUCUGUCUCUCUCUCUUACUGUCUAUAAGUCUACCUGUCAAAAAAAUAAAAAAACUGGCUGGCACCACGGCUCAAUAGGCUAAUCCUUCGCCUGUGGCGCAGGCACACUGGGUUCUAGUCCCGGUCAGGGCGCCGGAUUCUGUCCCGGUUGCUCCUAUUCCAGUCCAGCUCUCUGCUGUGGCCCGGGAGUGCAGUGGAGGAUGGCCCAAGUGCAUGGGCCCUGCACCCACAUGGGAGACCAGGAGAAGCACCUGGCUCUUGGCUUCUGAUCAGCGCAGUGUGCCGGCCGCAGCGCGCCUGCCGUAUAGGCCAUUGAGGGGUAAACCAACGGAAAAGGAAGACCUUUUUCUCUGUCUCUCUCUCUCACUGUCCACUCUGCCUGUAAAAAAUAAAUAAAUAAAAAUAAAAAAAUAAAAAUAAUAUUUUUUUAAUUUGGGAUAUUAUUACUUUUGGAAAUGUAACACUGAUAAACUGCAUAGUGUUAUAAAAUAUUGGUAUUUGCUAAUAAAAUAUUUCUUAGCCUUAAUUUUAACCAAAAAACCUAGAAAAUAUACUUAUAAGAUAUAUUAUAAAUACUGCCAAAUAAUGAAAGCUUAGAUAAGACUAAUUUAUACUUAUAUGAAGGUAACAGAUUAUACUUUUAAAUUUUCUUUGUAGUCCUUGGUGUUUGGGGGUCAGCUAGAAAGUAAUGCCUGGAUUUUAUGCCAUCUAAAUAACAGGCUUUGUUCCCUGGUGACUUAAUAAGACAACAGAACCUUAUGUGUAUUUGCCUUGAAGAAGAAAAUUAUGGUUUCUGAAAGUUUAUCCUACUGUAUAGCGAAGUGCAACAACAAAGGCAUUGUUUUUCUUUUUUCUUUUUUGCAAUAUAUAUUUUAAUAUGUUUUAUUUCUGUGAAAACAAACUGAAACAUUGCUUUUUUCUUUGCAGUCUAUUUCAUUAGUGAAGACAUAGAUAACAAAAUGGCAUCUUUCUCUAGAUUGUUUUUCUUUUUGGA